UGGAGAACUUUUCAAAGACAAAACUACAAUUCCCGGCGAGCUCCUCGAAAGUGCUACUUGUCAAUAUGGCUGUUGUCAGACAGACAAAGCGGAGAGGCAAAUAAUUUCGCCUCUGAUUAGAAAUCCUUGGAAAAAAGAGGCGAACGGGGCACUGACAUCAAGCUGCGUUAAUACUGGGCCUCAGUUUCAAUCCCGGUGGGCUUUUGGUCGUUUGUUCAAGUUAGAUGGUGAAGUGGACAUAUUAAACCGAGAUGGCGAACAAGCUGCAAAAGAAAGUCAGAAGUUGGAAUGAUUGUCAUUCUCUUGAGAAUUGUAUUUUGAAAGAAAAAAAGCAAUGCUUUUCCAAGUCACAAACAACGAGAGCCAAUGGCAAGAAACUGGAGUUCAGCAUCAGGAUGUCUGACUUCAGCGAGGAGCCUCGCUUCACUAUCGAGCAGAUAGAUCUGCUGCAGCGACUGCGUCGCUCCGGCAUGUCCAAGCGGGAGAUCCUCCACGCGCUCGAAACUCUGGACCGGCUGGACCGGGAGCACGGCGACAAGUUCGGUCGCCGCACCUCAUCCUCCUCCUCUUCCUCUUCCACCUACACGGUAGGCGGGACAAACAGCUGCACCAACAACUCUGCCUCCAACAACACUGCCUCCGCAACCACCACCUCUGCCGUGACGUGCAACGGCGCCAUCAACAAUGGCGACGACGGCGAGCACUCCGCAACCACUGCCUCCUCGACCACCUCCAAGAUAUCAACGGCCACGCAGACGCAGUUUGGCAGCAACGGGGGGCUCUCGCCCUCGCUUAGUAACAACUACGACACCUCGCCGCCUCCGGCGCCCCCGCCGCCCUCCUCCGCCAUCCUGCCCUCGCCCGUCUCACUGGUGGCGCUGUCCCAGAAUGGGCGCGACAGUCUCGCCGCCACGCCCAACGGAAAGCUGUCUCCUCCUCGCUAUCCCGUGAACAGCGCGGCGGCGGCUAGAACCUUUGGCUUCGAGGCUAUCGAAGAGGACCUCGACGUUGACGAUAAAGUGGAGGAGAUGAUGAGGAGGGAUAGCAGCAUGGUGAAAGAGGAGAUUAAAGCGUUCCUCGGGAACCGUCGGAUCUCUCAAGCGGUGGUGGCACAAGUCACCGGCAUCAGCCAGAGCAGAAUCUCCCAUUGGCUGCUGCAGCAUGGCUCCGACCUGAGUGAGCAGAAGAAGAGGGCCUUCUACCGCUGGUACACGCUGGAGAAAACCACUCCAGGUGCCACGCUGAACAUGCGGCCGGCUCCGUUGGCUUUGGAGGAGAUGGAGUGGAGGCAAACCCCUCCUCCGCUGGCCACCGCCCCGGGUACUUUCCGACUUCGGCGGGGAAGCCGCUUCACCUGGAGGAAGGAGUGUCUGGCUGUGAUGGAGAGUUACUUCAACGACAACCAGUACCCCGAUGAGGCCAAAAGGGAGGAAAUCGCCAACGCCUGCAAUGCUGUUAUUCAGAAACCAGGGAAGAAGCUGUCUGAUUUGGAGAGGGUCACUUCCCUCAAAGUUUACAACUGGUUUGCCAACCGCCGCAAGGAGAUCAAGAGACGAGCUAACAUUGAAGCCACAAUCCUGGAGAGUCACGGGAUAGACGUGCAGAGUCCAGGAGGACACUCCAACAGUGACGACAUUGAUGGGAAUGAUUUCACAGACCAGGCGUGUGAUUUGCCAUAUUUUGACAAGAGACCUCUCAGCCGACCAUUUGGCCUUUACCGCUUGGAGCCCAGUUCCCCGAUACAGGAGAAGCCUCUGGACCAUGUCUUUUGGGGGGGGGGGGGGGGGCAACGAACGGAAAGUCCGACGCUCGGACUCUUCUUAGCCUCCCGACGGAAUCAUUCGGGUUUUCUGUUGUCGAAUGCAAACCUGGAGAUGAAUAACCUCACGUCGACUCUCGCCACAGCAUGCCAAGUAUGUGAUGAUGAUGAUGAUGGUUUCAGUGUAGAAAAGAACGAGUCGACAUUCAACAGCAGAAAGUCUUCACGCCGAUAGCGACGCUUAGCUCGUGGAUGACUUAAGUGCUUGAGUGUAUGAAGAAUCAAUUUAUGGGUUCAUGUGAUAAUCAAAACAAAGUUAAGCUAGCCACGAGUAGGAAUCUGCGUUUUUUGUUUUGAACGCCAUCCAUGCCAAAGGAAAAAAAUGCCGGCUCAAAGUCGGCCCCUCGGCCUCGCGGACCGGUCUCGCCGCGGUCUUCGCCACUUCUUGGAAAAGAUUUGGCAAAAGUGAUGUAGUUUUUCCUCUUGGGCCAGUUUGACCCUGACGAGGGCGCAAGCCGUAACGCUCGCAUACAGAGGCGGGAAGUAUAAUCGUGGCCGAUCCGCCUCUAUAAUGGCCAAAAGAAUGUCACCGGAGCAGAUUUGUAUCGUGAUCACGUGCACCCAAACUUAAGCGCUUUGCCAAGCAUUAAACCGUUUGAAAAUCUUGACCGAUUUCAAAACUGGAGAAAAGGAGAAAAAAAAUCCAAUAGUUUUCGACACUUUGGAAAAAAGCCAUUUUCACCCCCCCCCCCCCCAAAUCAAUUUAAAAAAGUGAAAUGUAUUUGCUUUUAAUGCUCUUUGAGCCACUGUCGAAGGUGAACCAUUACCACAAUGAACCCCCCCCCAGAAAAAAAAAAUAGUAUGUAUGCGACUAGCCUCCGAGAAACAAAUAAUUGACGAAUGGCUUUUAUUUCCGGCUUUCCAAAGUGUAACCCGAAUCUUUUGAAGAGGCCCUUAUGUGAUGAUUUUGGAAAAGAAUAUGUCAUGUGUAUCAAAGCUCUCCUGCAACGUAACAUUUUCAUGCAUUUCAAAAAGGAUUUAAAAAAAGGAUUUUAGGUUAUAAAAUAAAGUAUUUAUACUCAUUUUUAAGGCUAAUAAUGUACAAAGUGUUUUGAAAAGAAACAUGCCUAUUGUUAAAUGAAUCAAGCUUUUUUUUUUUUAAUGUUCACCAGAUUUUUUUUUUAUUUUUUAAAACAUGUAUUUUGUCAUUCAUUUUUCGACUGAACGGCAGUCUUCCUGUUUGUGUUGGAGGUAUUUUUGUGAAAAGACAAAUGACGAUGCACCUUACAAAGCCGAACACGACUUGGACCCGAUGCCAUUUUGUCCCAGACUCCUUGCAAAUGGGAGCGCUUUGGUGUUUCCUAUUUUGGCGCAGAAAAAGAAAAUCAAUUAGAUGUAGUGAGGUCCAGAAUGGACUCCCCCCCCCCCCCCAUUUUGCCUUGAUAGACCACAAUGGAUUUGAAAAAUAAAAUAAAAGAUGCGAUUGAAGUCUAGACUUAAAGACCCUGUAAAGUGAAUCUGAUGUUCUGAAAACGAGCACUAGUGGAGAACUAUAUCGUACUGAAUUUUAGUUGGUACAAAAUUUUGGAAAACGUGUGUGAGGAUCUUGCCGCACAUCACGAAUAGUGUGGAAAAGUUCACUUUGUCUUUGCCGCGCACACAAGAGUGCACUUGGAGAUUCUCACUUGAAGCUGCUUUCAAAAGAAUUGUCCGUAUUGUUUCAGAGAUGAAACCGCAGUCCAAAUUUCUUAUCGGGCAAUGUUGAAGCUCGGCAGAGGCCGUUACGCCUUUGGGUGCUCCUGUAGUGAAUGGGAUAUUUUUAAAUAUCCAGUAAGGUGACUCCGUUGAAACGGGAGGCCGCAAGCCCGACACCGGUCCAAAGCUUCCCCUCCCCAGCGGUAACACGUGCUCCAGUUGCAGUCCAGGGAUGUCCCUGUGGUGGUACGUCAGGGUUUCCAUGUUAUGAGUCCCUCCUCCGUGUCCCCCCUGCACGUAAAACACCUCAUCCGAAUAUAGCUCAGAAAAAGAGGACUGAAUACUGUUGUGUCGAUUUCAAAAGCUAUCUUAUGUUCAAUUUGAAAUUUAGUGCCUUUUUUGGACAGUAGACUGUUCUGUAAUUAAGAUGUAGUAUAUAUAUGCAUUUUUGUACAGUUUCUUUGUUCAUUUUUUUUUAAACUUGUGUUUAUUUUAGUAUGAUAUGUAUAUAUAUAUAUAUAAAAAUAAUGUACACGAGAAUAAAGCUAUAUCACUGAAAAGUA